AUGUUCGGAAAGCAAAUCGCUGGGAAAGCACUCCUCACCUUCGCCACCAUGGGAGCCUUGUUAGGCAACACGGUGUUCGGCCUGCCUGUUACCCCAGCUGAAAACGACAAAGUGGGUAAUGUCGAUGAGGUUCAGCAAGUAUUUUAUUCUGUGGAAUGCCAGGCAGCAACUUGGGGAAUAGCCUCCCACUGCCAGGCUCGGUGUGAUGAUCGGGGUGACCUGACGUUCAACCAUACGCGAUGCCCUAUUGGAGGAAUCAAUGCUGAUGAUGUCUUAUCUGAUUGCUACUGCAUUGGGGAAUGCGUCCCCUGCAAGAAGGAGGGUAAAGAACAACACUAG